GCCUUAGAAGUAUGAUAAUUUUGUUGAUAUGUCUGCCUCUGGUUUUUCAUGAUUAUUUCUGCGGGUUUUAGUGUUUAAGUGAGAGUGUCCCCCCGCGGUCGGGUCUGAUGGAAAACCCCAGAGACCUGGUGGAGCGUCUGUCCAGGAAGCGCCACGACUCCUUUGGGAUGCUGGACGGUUUGGAGGAGGACCGGAGCAGCUGCAGCACGGAGUCCAGCGGGGGGAGCGCAGCUUCUAGCCCUGAGGACAGUGACGAGGAGGAGCUGGGUGGAGGAGGGGGAGAAGGAGGGGUGACUCAACUCACUGCGUCCUCUUCCUCCUCCUCCUUGACUCUCAUCAAGACCAACGGACAGGUGUACACCUACCCUGACGGAAAGGCAGGCAUGGCCACCUGUGAGAUGUGUGGUAUGGUGGGCGUCAGAGAUGCUUUCUACAGUAAAACCAAACGUUUCUGCAGCGUGUCCUGCUCCAGAAGUUACUCCUCCAACUCCAAGAAGGCCAGCAUUCUCGCCAGACUGCAGGGGAAGCCUCCCACGAAGAAGGCCAAGGUUCUGCAGAAACAGCCUCUUAUGACCAAACUAGCUGCCUACGCUCAGCACCAAGCCAACCAGCAGAGUGGUGUCAAGAAGAGCGUAACUGUGGAGGUGUUUGACUGGGGUCGUUACCUAGGAGAUGGAGACGUGACGGGAGCACCGGUCAGCUGCUUCAAACAUGUCCCAAUGGGGAAGUCGUGGGGCGACAUCAGUGAAGGCGUCCGGGUCGAAGUCCCAAACACUGACAGCGGUUUGCCCAUGAAGGUUUACUGGAUCGCUGGCAUCAUCAAACUGGCUGGUUUUAAGGCCCUGAUGAGGUACGAGGGUUUCGACGGCGACUCCACCAGGGAUUUCUGGUUGAACUUGUGUGUGCCUGACAUUCACCCAGUCGGCUGGUGUGCUGCUGGAGGAAAACCUCUGGUCCCCCCUAAGAGCAUUCUGCACAGGUUCACUAACUGGAAGACGUUUCUCAUCAAAAGACUGACGGGAUCCAAAACGCUGCCCCCAGACUUCCCCUCCAAGGUCCAGGAGAGUAUGCAGGUUCCCUUUAAGAAGCAGAUGAGGGUGGAGGUGGUGGAUAAAACUCACCUGUGUCGGACUCGGGUGGCUCUGGUUGAACAGGUGAUCGGCGGUCGUCUUCGUCUGGUAUAUGAGGAGUGUGAUGACGGUUCGGACGACUUCUGGUGUCACAUGUACAGUCCUCUGAUCCACAGCAUCGGCUGGUCUCGAUCCAUAGGACACCGUUUCAAACGAUCCGAUGUGUCGAAGAAGCUCAGCAUUCAGAUGGAUGCUCCUGGACAGCUGUUUGCCAAGGUAAAGGAGGUGGAUCAGAGUGGUGCCUGGUUUGAAGAUGGGAUGAAGCUGGAAGCAAUCGACCCUCUGAAUCUGUCUGCCAUCUGCGUGGCCACAGUCAGGAAGGUCCUCGCAGACGGGUAUCUGAUGAUCGGUAUUGACGGUUCAGAGGCGGCUGAUGGUUCAGACUGGUUCUGUUAUCACUCCACCUCUCCCUCCAUCUUUCCCGCUGGUUUCUGUGAGAUCAACAACAUUGAGCUGACGCCCCCCAGAGGUUACACCAAUCUUCCCUUCAGAUGGUUCGAGUAUCUGAAGGAGACCAAGUCUGUUGCAGCUCCAGUUGGCCUCUUCAACAAGGACGUCCCUAAUCACGGUUUCCGGCCCGGCAUGAAGCUGGAGGCUGUGGACCUCAUGGAGCCAAGGCUGGUCUGCGUUGCCACUGUGACUCGCAUUGUCCACCGGUUGCUACGUAUACACUUUGAUGGCUGGGAGGACGAGUACGAUCAGUGGGUGGACUGUGAGUCACCUGACCUGUACCCAGUUGGCUGGUGUCAGCUGACCGGGUACCAGUUGCAGCCUCCUGCUGUUAAUGCAGGCUCCAGAGAACUACAGUCAGCAGCUUCCAAACAGAGGAAGAAGUCUCAGCAGUACAAAGGACAAAAGAAAAAGAGGAAGCUGCCUAUUGCUAAGCGACCUGUCAGUCUCUCCGGCGGCAUGGUAACGGGCAUCCCCAGGAGCCUAUCAGGAGACGAGAAUGAGACGCCACCCAAUUACCCAUCACCCCCUACGCCUGCCUCAGCGGCCCAGCCCCCCUCUGCCGACCCAGAGAGCAGCCCGAACACUGAGGGGGGGGCAGGUUCACAGAUUAAAGAAGAGAACAUAGAAGGAACUGAAUUAUCUUCUGAAAGGACUGAAACAGAAACAAACGGAUCUUCUGGAGAAUUCACCAACCAGGACCAGUAGGCCUAAUCCAUCUCUCUCUGCCUCUAUCUCUCCCUCCAUCUGUCUCUAUAUUUAUGAGUUUCAAAACUCAUCAAACUCAUCUACUGUGAUUAAAUCAGAUUUUUUUUAAAUCUGUUUGGACAAACUUUAGACAUGCUACAUGUUGUUAGCUAAAUGAUGCACUUCACUUACAGUAAGUCAGCUUGGCUCACUUCUCCAAGCCCUCUCCUUUUUUGUUGUUACAGUACUGGCGUUGAGUCGUAGAGCUCCUGUUGCCCAAAGGCGGCAACAGACGGUUUCACAGCUCAGCAUCACGCAGUUUUUUUGCUUAAGUUGAAACAUUUCAACGUCUUUCCUUUGCAUUUGGUCUGAACGCACCUUUUGACUCCUCACUGAGAAAUGAGGGCGAAGAAAACCAGAAUACAAAAACAAAUACAGGUUAAAACAAAGGAGGACAGGCACGUCCAAGACAGUAGCAUUACUCACAUUUUGUUCCUCUUAGAAAAAAAAAACAGUCAACAUGGGGGAAAAAAAGACAACACGAUAAGAAAACUUUUGUAUUAUGAUUUUUCAACAGGAACAUCUUUGUUGUUUGUAGGUGUUCAUGUGGUGUGUUCGAGGGUCAGAACUCGACGUUAAUAUUAAUACAAGAUGCUGUGUAAUGUCAUGUUGAGAUUAGCAGUCAUUUAAAAACUUUGUGCGUGUGUGUGUGUGUGUGUGUGUGUGUGUUAACGUGUGUGUGAGUGCUGUGGUUUAGAUUCUGGAUUGACGAGUUGUCAGGACGCCACAAGACAAGAAACCAGCCAACAAGAGCCACGGCAGUUACUGGUUUUGUUUUUUUGAACCAAUGCUGAAAGUCUGUGACAAAGUCGUGUUGAGGAGGCCACAUAAUCUUGUAGCUGCAUAGCUGCAGUAUGUUGUAUAUUGUUGUGUGUGCAGUAUCAGUUUGGAGGAAAGUUUAAAAGCAGUCAAAAGUGAGUGUAGUUUGGCUUAAGGUGUUUUACCAAAAUUCUUUUUUACAUAGACAUCCUCCAUGUCAGGAGAGAUACACUUUGUUCCAAACACCAGUUCAGUCAUAGCUACAGGGCUCUGUCACAGUAGUUGCAAUAAAUGCACGGUCAAAUGAUUGCAAUAAGAGAUUAACAUCGGUCGAGUACUUCAAACUUUUCAAUACUGGGGCCAAUUCAAUAUUUGAGUUUCAGGACCAAUGCCUUAUUAAAUAAUACAAUUUUUUGCCUUUUUUCACCACAUUUUCAGAAAAUUUUAGCUCUUCAUUUUCUGCUCGUAUUGCUUAUAAUGGCAAUACCACAUGUGAAAGAAAUGACCAAUCAGAGCCAGAGUCUCUAAUGCAGCUGUCAGUGAUGACAGUCACUGCUUGUGAACUAUGGUCAAACUAGGUAGCGCUGAUCAAAUAUGAAUGAAAUUUUUUUUAUUGCAUUGCCUAUUUCUGGCCUUAAACAUAUUUAGAAACUUGGGGCGUCGGUCGCUUAGUGGAUAGAGCAGGCGCCCCAUGUACAAGGCUGUUGCCGCAGCAGCCUGGGUUCGACUCCAGCCUGUGGCCCUUUGCUGCAUGUCAUUCCCUCUCUCUCCCCCUUUCACACUCAGCUUUCCUAUUGAUUAAAGGCAAAAAUGCCCCAAAAAAUAUCUUUAAAAAAUAGAUAGUUAGAAACUUAUUUUAGUGUACUGUUUAACUUUAAAAGAAGAAAGUUUAUAACCCAGCUCAGAAACAGUCAAGCUGAAAGCUUAGCACCGCCCACAAGCUGGAGCACUGAUGUGCACCAUAAAUUCACAAAUUGUUCAAGAGAUGUUUUGACUCCCAACUGUGUGAAAACCAUGUCUCUGUUCUGGUAGCAGUUUAUACUCUGACAGAAAAGUGAAAUAAAACUGGAUGUUAGCAACACAACUAAUAAGUUACUUUAGCCUCCUGUUUUUGACUCUCCGGCUCUCAGUUCCCUCAAAGGUCAAAACUAUAGUAAGACAGCUUGUAAUUAGUUAAAGGCACAAAGUUGUUUGUCUAUAUAAAUAAGUAGACCUACGCCUAGUAUUGAAAAUAUCCCCUUGGUAUCAGUCAGAAACUCAGGUAUUGUCUGGUAUUGAAAAUUUUGCAGCAUAAUAUUUGACAUUUUUUGAUACUCAAACGAGAUUUUUAGUUUAAGUUUUUUUAGCUGCUGCAGUGGGAGGUUAGAAAGUCAGACUCCUGAUUUUAAGGCUCAUGUUUAAACUCCCCAUUUUUAUUUUUUUUUAAAUAUCUAAUUAAAAGUUGUACUGGGAUGUAUUCAGUAGUCACCAGCGUGUUUAUACUGGGCAGCUCAGUGGUUACAUGUGUGGAACUAUAUGAAUGUGAAGCAGGGUGUUGAUGAGGAAAUGAUAUGUACAGAGUCAGACUGUGGACAAGUAAAACACUUCAUGGACUUGUUCAGCAAACUGAUAGCAGUUUAGCAGCUAAGAGUAAUUAUGUACGUCUUCUAUUGCUAACUAUUGAUACCUCACAAAAAGUUUAUUAAAUAAUGAUUUAAAGAAUCUUCAGAAUUUAAAAGUUGGAAUACAAAAUAGUGUAUUAGAGAAUAUUUAAAAAAAAAAAAAAAGUUGUGAUGAAGAUGAUCACAUUCUAAAAACAGAUGGUAAACAGAAUAAGUGUGUAAUAAAUUCAUAAAAUUAAUUGAGCUAGACAUUCAUAGAGAAGAGAAUAAAUACGUUUCAAAUUUAACACUAACAACAAUAUUAUUAUACAAAAAUAUUUUUAUUUAAGUCAUGUAUCACCACAGGUUAAUAUUAUUUCAUGUUUGUGACUUCUGUUUAACAUUGUUACUUUUGCCGAAGUUAGCUUGUUAAUACCCAUUUAAAACAAAUAUUAGAUAUACAUGCUCAUGGUUAGCAUUAGGCAUUAAGCUGGAAAAGGUUCAGUCAUGUUCAGACCCAAACAGAAUCUGACGAUUAAAAAAAAAAAAAAAUGUUAUGCUGUAUUGUUUUGCUUGUAGUGUGCUGGACAAGUGACUCUCACCCUUUUACAUGUUAAGGACCCCAAACCUGAUACACGUUAGGCAAUUCUGUAGUUAUGAACUAUAUGAGAUAACCGUGGUGGAAGUGAAACCUAUGAUCAGAAAAGUGACUCUCUCUGUCCUACUCACAUUGGUCUCACUUCUGUGGUGAAUUGAACUGUAAAAUUAACUAUUCUCUAUUUUUGGGGGGACCCCCUGAAACUCCCCCAAGAACCCCCGGGGGUCCUCAGACUGGGUGAGAACCACUGUGCUCGACUACAUUCAUUUAAAAAACUUUUAAAAAAUCUGUGGAGAUGUCGUCAGAUUCAGCAGACACAGAAUCCGUCUGGGCCUGGUCAUGUUACGCUUCUGUCCUGCAUAGGGUCCAUCACCCAUUUGGUUAAAGAGCAUACAGACAAGAAUACGUUCCUUGUUUUGGUGCUAUCUUUUCCCCAACUCUGGCAAAGUUUUUUAUCCACAUUUAAACUAUCACAUGACGUCCUGUUUGGGGGGGGGGGUUGANUUGGGG